GAUUCAGUCGAAAAAAAAGCAACCGCGAUUUCGGUUCAAUGAUUCGCCGAACUUCGGCAAUUUUACUUCCGAUUGCUUGAAAAAAAUAAGCCUGAGUCUGAGUCAGCCAUUUUUCAGUAUCAUAGCUAAGUGUGAGACGGUCCGAUAAAAUUUAAAAUGGAUGAGAUUAUGCUGCAAAUUGAAACGGAAGCCGAGCCAGUAAGGAGCAAAAUUAAACAAAUUUUGUUCGACCAAGAAAUCGAUGAGUACGACCUCUUCAUGUCUCUCGAUGAAUUUGAUUUUAAACGCCUCGGACUGAGUACAAAGCUUAUCAAAAUAAUUCAAAAAAUUCAAAAAUCUUUCCAAACGGACCAAAUAAUUGAAGAGGAAUACCUGGAGAAUGACGAAGAUGAUGGUGCCGAAGAUUUUCCGUCAGAGUAUCGCGAAACCAAAGAGGACAAUACUGCAGCCGAUAAUCAUCCGGAAGGGAACGACGAUUCAGAGCCGUGUGAUGAAUCAACGGUGGAACACACAGAUUCUGGAAACGUCUGCCAAAACCCUUAUGCCGGCAUCACUUUGGAACGGGAAGUUGAUAUAAACAUAAUCUUGACAAAGACCGAGCAAGGGAAUGAACUGAUUGAAUCGCUUCGUGAAUCAAAGAAACCCAAUGAAAAAACCAUCAAGCAGAUUACGCAUCUGCUGUGCAAUUUCCUGAUGUCGAACUACGGAGUGCGUGCACCAUCCUUUUAUAAAGACAUGCUGGCUAAGUCUUUGGUGCAGUCAUAUCCCUUACUGGCAUCUACAGUUUCAGUUGUACCACAUGCAUUAUGGUUCUAUUUGAACGGCAGAGGCGAUGGGAAACAUGCUGGUAAAAUACAUUAUCGUAUGGAGUACCUCGCCAAGCAAUCGGAAAAUCGAGUUUUCCAUAGGAAGGCGUUGUCAAGCCAAAAAGUGCAACCUGUAAAGCAAGAAGAAAUCGAUGUAUCUGACGCUGAUCUUUUCGCGAUGAUAGAAGAGCUGAAGUUUAUUGUGCCAUUAGCAGAUAACAGAAAACGUAUUAAUCUGUUAUGGCAGGCUACUUACGCAUACCGUUGUCAAUAUCGCUCGAAAAAUGACUUCAUGUCAUUUUUGGAAGAGUUUCCGGUCUCAUCCGCCUAUAAUGGGGAACUGAUUGAGUACGACUUCAGACGAGUGACAAAGAAGAACAUGGUAUUCUCAGAUGAAUGGGCAAAAUGGCAGAAGAAAGUGCUUCGAGCCUAUAAAUAUCUGUUCAACGAAGUUUCUGACGAUUUCUUGAGGGCGCUUGCGAUAAUUCGAGCCAAAAAUCCAACAAGAGGGUCAAAACGUUUGCACAAUGGGGAUGCAACGAAGGAAAAUCCUCUCAUUGGAAUAGUCAAUUGGAUAAAUGUGGACGACCCUUUACCGACAAAUUCCAAGACUCCUGUAUUAACCGUCAGGGGACCCACCAUGACUCCAGGUGAGCAGUGGUACGUUUCGUGGAACAAUAUGAACAUUCCUGUUGGCAGGAACAUUAUCGAGGCAUUUGGCGUUUUAUGCCAGUGCUAUGAUGCGUUCGGAACGGCUUGUGCUCCAACUGAUAAGCAAUUUUUGCUUUUCUUCAGUGCGAUUAUUUUUGACGUACUUCCUAUUUCAACAACAGGGGAAAAGUUCGUAAGAUCAUUAGAUGACUGAAUGUUUUUCUUAUAUUUUUUAA